AAAAAAAAAAAAAUUAAUAAAAUUUUUGAUAAUAUUAACUAACUAAUAAUAGUAAUAUAAAAAUGUAACAAAGAGCAAAAUUGCUGCAAAAUAGUCUUUUUAAUUUAUAAAAUGAAGAAUUUAGCAAAGUAGAAAGGCUGAUAUUGAGCAAAAGGGAUUUUAAUCUACUGAAAGAAGAUAUAAAAUUUUAAAAUAUUAUCAAAUCAGUCGCUCAUAGCAUCUAAUAUUUACGAUUCAAAAGUUUAGAAUCAUUAAAUUCUUUUGCAUAAAAAGGAUAAUUUGAUUUAAAUGAUUUUUAAAAUUUGAAAAAGUUGUCAAUUAGUAGCGAUUUUAGUGGUAUACCUUCUGAAGCAGAGGACAAAUUUUUUGAUUUAGUAUUUUAAGAACUAAAUAAACCAAAAAAGCUCUCCAAAUUAUACAUAGAUUUAGAGUCAAAUGAGUUAAAGAUCAAUUAGAUUGAUCAAUUAUCUAAAAAUAUUGCUUAAAUGAAAAACUUGGAUUCUUUCAGAUUAGAAUUAGGUCAUAACAAUAUAUAAGACGAAGGAUGCUAUAAAAUAACUUAAGCUAUAUCGAAACUUACUCAAUUGAAAGAAUUGAUAUUAGGUUUAGAAAAUAAUUAAUUGGGAAAUGAUGGCUUUAAAUAGAUAUUUGAAAUGAUUUCUCAGCUUUAAAAUUUGGAAAGUUUGUAAAUAGACUUUUGGGGCAACGGAUCAAAUGAUGAUGCAUAUGAAGACAUUUAUGAUAUUUUAAAAAAUUCUAAAGUAUGUUAGAGUCUUAAAGAAGUUAGAAUGUUUGCUGACACGCCAAUGAGAAUUUAAAAAAAUCCCAUCAAAUUAAUUCAAUCUUUUAGUUUGUUCACUAACUUAACAAAUCUAAGUUUUACAGUAGAUUAAUAUCGUUUCACUGAAGAUAUUGCUGAAGGAUUAAACACAAUUUUACUUAAUAAUAGUAAAACACUAAAAACCGUCAUAAUUGAUUUCUUGAAAUAUUAAGAUUAUAUAAUAGAAUAAAGUAAUAACAUCAAAAGUACUUUUAAAGACAUGAACUAAAUGAUUAAAUUGGAAAAUAUCUUCAUCUAGUUUCAUUCUAAAUAAUCAUACAGCUCAGCAUGCGAUUUUUUUGAGGAAAUGAAAAAAUGCCCAAAUUUAUUAAGAUUAGCAAUCCCUACUUAAUUUUCAGAAUUAUUAAGCUGUUCGCUUAGUUAAACUAUUACUUAUUUUAAGAGAGUUUUAGACAUUUAGUAUUUAUUACAAUUUGAAUAUGCUAAAUAUACUUCAGAAUUAGAUUUCUUGUGGUACGAUUAAUUUUUUUAAAAGGAGUGGUCUUAUAGGCACUUCAUCGAUCCUUUUUUAGUGAAUUAAGUUUGUAAUACACUAGAUGAUUUUAAAUAAAAGCAAGAUUUUCAUGAAUACAUUUAAGAACUCUCUGAGCAGUAUGUUGGUGAUGGUGGUUCAUAUGAAAGUAAUAAUGAAUCUGUAGAAGCUAAUGAAGAGAACUUAGAUAGCUAAAAUAAAGAUAUGGAUAAUGAGUUUUAGCAUGAUACUAAUUUAACAAACCAUAAAUUGAUAUCGUAUUUAAUCGUUUAAAGACAUUAUAAUUUUAAAAUGACAGAGUUAAUAAGGUUAACAGUCUAUAAUAAAAUGAGCAAGGACAUUAUAUUAUCCUAAAUUUAAUGCCAAUCUAUUCAUUUAUAGAUGAAUUUUUUGGAUUUACAUAUAUAAUGAAAUACAAUAAUAUUUUAUAUUGUUUGAAUAAAUAAUUUGUUGAUACUUUUUCCAUUUU